AGGGAACCGAUUUUUUCGCGAGGGCUCGACGUAGCGUUUCCGUCACCAAAACUUUGACGAUGCGUGGCUUGACGCUCCUCCUUCUGUCGCUGGCGCUGGCCGUCAACAGCUGCCAAGCCACCUGGUGGUGGUGGGGUUGGUGGUCUUCGGGAAGCGAGCGGGAGGAGGAGAGGUCCUCUUAUCGUCAGGAGGCGACACAAGUCUCAGACCGCUCUGCCUCCGUGACCGCUGGCGACGACGACGCCCCAGUCGCGGCCCAAGUACAUGUGGCUGAUGAGACCAAGGCAGGGGCAGCUACAGCCGCCACAGCCUCGGCAGAGUCUGAAGGCCCAGCAGUGACUGAGAGUGAGAAGCCCGUCACCAGAGGUGAACCGAGGCACGUGAUGGGGGACCAUCGCAUCGAUACCUUCCAACCAACUGUGUCUGUCUGUCUGUGUGUGUGGGCGCAGCGGAGGCAGAGACACCGGAGUACAAACCCAUGCCCAAGACCACAAGUAAGAAUGGAUGGAUGGAUGGACACAAGUACCGGCAGACCUCAGCCACACAGCAAUCGUGUGUGUGUGUGGUUGUGUGUGGUUGGUGCAGAGAAGCCAAAGACGACGACAACGACAACAGCAGGGGCCCCCACAACCACCGAGGAGCCCACCACGACAGGUGGGGAGGAACGAUGAUGACCUGCUGACACAGUCACGUGCAUCUCUCGACGCCUCCGUCUUGACUGGUGUGUGGUGCAGCAAAGCCCGUUGACACGACGACUCCUGGGCCCACAACCACGAAGAAGCCAAAAGACAAGAAGCCCGCCCUGACGCCGGCAACGGGCGAUGUGUGUGAAGGUCAGCCGGGACCAAGCCCACGCGCAGAGCUGUUUUUGUUCAUCCCUUUGUCGAGUGCAGGUGUGAGUCCAUCGCUGGCUGGCUUCCAGCUCGUCGUACUGGAGGACCAGAAGCCCGUGCACCCUCGCUUCGAUGACAUCGGCACUAGCGCCCCCGACCUCAUUCACCCUGGCACCGUCGACUUCGUCGUCCCAGAUGACGUCGAUCUGCACUUCAGCUUUGCUGCUGUGCCAGAGGUGUGUGUGACGGCGGUGGAGUUCCAGCUGUUCGAUUACGAAGGUUCGCGGCGGCACAGCACACGUGGCAAAUGGGAAAUGGGAAAUGGAUCGGUAUGAGUGCGUGUCCUGUCUUCAGGUGUGCACAUUGACUGGGACAACGAAAGGCACCCAAAGGGCUUCGACUUCUUCUCCCCCUUCGUGGCGUUCGGCAAUGCGGUGUAUCCGGCGACGGACAGGCCAGACAUCUUCGGUGAGGCGGCUCGCGCCAUCUGGCCGACAGGCGGGACUUUCACCCUCGAAGCGACCCCAUACAACGGCGGCAUCAAAGGCGGCCACAUCAAGCUCACGUGUAUGUCUGCAGUGAGUGGGGGGACACAGAGAGUGUCCUCGUUCAUUUCUCUGCCUGUCUCUCUCUCUGACCAGUUCUGGUGCCAUCUGCUUUCGACCAGCAUCACACGUACUUCAGGGGCCGAUCAUCUUACCACACCAGCAGCCACACGCAUCAGACGGGGAGCAGCGGCAGCGAGAGCGACGCCGACGGCGAAAGCACGGAGCACCACCACCACGUGCACUACCAUCACCACCACUACUACAGCAAUGGCGGCUCGGACGGCGCCUGAUACGUCUGUCUAUAGGCAAUUGUUGAAGUGGGAUGGAUUUGUACCUACCGUGGGAUGGAUUUGUCUGUGUGUGUAUGUGUCUUGUCUCUUGAUGUUCAUUUCUCUCUUCCUAUGGCCGGCCAUCAUCUCUCCCACCCUCUUUCUCGCUGACCUGACUCUAUGGCGUUUUCUUCUUCGUCGCUCGUUCCACUGAGUGUGAUCCACUCUGCCUUUUUUCUUUUCGUUCGCGUGUCAGUGUGUGUGUGUCUGUGUGUUGUCAUUGCAAGAUUAUUGGUCGCAGGUGCCAGUUUUUCUGGCAUGCAUAAUUCACUCACUGCCGCUCUCUCAUUGAUGCUGGCUCCACCCAUCCCUCUCUCUGCGGUUGAGAUAGGGCGGCGCGGAAAAUGAUGAGCGUCAUCGAGGCCGUAGAAGGGAGAAAUGGGGGAGGCAGAGAGC